CAAGCAUCUGCAUACUGCGUACUGUGCCAGAAUGCCCCCCGGGCCGUCAAUGGAGAUCCGAGCUCGGCCGGGACAGCUGCUUCGGUACGCAGUUGGGCACUCCGUUUGCCGGCUCAUUCACCCUGACAAUCGUUUCCCAAAUAUCCUCAGCUCGCCGAUCGAGACGCCAUCUUCAUCCAAUACUCAACGGAUUCAGUCCGCACACAGGCCAACCGGCAGAGUCUGGCACCAGGCUGGCACGACUGGCACGCCAAUCUGUUGGCAAAGCUCUCAGCUGUCCAGUGUUCACACCUCGCCAGUAUAGCUCCCCUCAAGCUGAGUCGUGAACAGAGAGCUCCUGUCCCGAUUCUGGACCUGCGUCUCAGCCCUGCUGUGUCCCUCUCCAAUCAAAAGCACCAAAUGGCCGUUCAACUGCGGAAGUCUCCGAGAGCUGCUGCCGCCGUGUCUCGACGUGCCACAUCAGACGGCAGCCAGCCACUUCAGAGGUGACAGCCCAAUAGUGCGAUGCAACGGGUUAGCCUGUCGCACAGGUCACUGGCUGGAGGGGGACCGGCGAUAUCUGAUAAGAGCUCCAAGCUCCGCGUUUGCGUCGCAGGUUGCUAAAGAACCGACAACGCUCUUACACAUACAUCUUCAACAUAACUGAAGAUGCGUCUCUCUACUAUUCUCCUGGCCGCGGCCGCCAGACCGGUCGUUUCUUGGGGCAAUGUCGGUCACCGUACCGUCGGAUACCUCGCCGAGAAAUACUUGACUGAUGAAGCCGCCGCCAUCUACGGAGACCUGCUCGCCAACGAUCGCAACUAUGACUUCUCCGAUGCUGCGACUUGGGCCGAUACGCUCAGAGGCCAUAUGGGCUGGGCAAGCAAGUAUCACUACAUCAAUCCCCGCGAUGACCCCCCUAGCAUGUGCGGCAUGAAGUACCCUCAAGACUGCCCAUCCAGCGGCUGCAUCAUCUCCGCCAUCACAAACUACACAUCUCAAAUCCUCGAUACGAGCCUCCCCCACAUUGACCGCAAGAACGCGACAAUGUUUGUAAUACACUUCCUGGGCGAUAUCCAUCAGCCCCUGCACGCCACAGGUCUCCUCCGCGGCGGCAACGACAUCCGCCCCGUCUGCUGGCGCCGCCAGCCCAACCACGGCGUCUGCAACGGCCCCAUGAGCCUGCACUCCGUCUGGGAUUCGCAGAUCCCGCACCGCAUCCGCGGUCUGCCGCCGCACCUGAGCAUUCCGCAAGAGAAGGUUGCCGCCGCAUCAUGGGCAGCCGACCUCUAUCAACGCCAAGAGCAGGCGGGUGUCAACGCAACGGCCGGGCAGUGCAUUGAUCUCAAGACGGGUUCGUGUGCGUUGGGCUGGGCCACGGAGUCGAAUGCGUACGUCUGUUCGCACGUUCUGAAGAAGGGCCUGGCUUGGUUGAAGUCGAAUGACCUCAGCGAGGGGUACUUUGAUGAGAACUGGGAAGUCGUCGAUGAGGUGAUUGGGAAGGCGGGCGUGAGGCUGGGAGCGUGGCUGAACGCUAUUGCCGAGAGAUUAUCUGCUGAGAAGGAGGAGCCCGUGUUUGAGGAUCUUUGAAGAACCAAACGGGCUUGAUCCCAGGGCAUGGCGUCCAGGCUUGAUGUCAACAUCUGAGGGUGAUACUUGGCGGGAUCUGCUCUCCUGCCAAGCGCCGGCUUGGAAGUCCAGAGACUUGCUCGCAUGUCUUAUAUUAGCAGUCUUCAAUCGAGAAUAGAGGGAAUUCCGUGAAACACGCCAUCGAGCUGCUUCUGGUUCCUUCAGGACCAGGGAAUACGACGCUCGUGACUUACAUCCCACGGAACGUAUGAUUGUAGCCAAGUUGAAGCGGUGCUCAGCAGCUUACUGACCAUGACAGGUAUGGGAAGCUAUGUUUGGCCCUUGACGGCAUGAAGAAACGAUGAGAGCUCAUACUCUUGAACGGCAUCCCAUUGUAUUCUUUGCUAAGCGGUUGGUUGUCAUCGCUUCUGCUUUCCAUAUAAUUGAGCGGCCACCGAUCAUUCUUUACUUCGUGACUGUGGGUAAUGACAUCGUCCCGAGCCAAGACUCGGUAGGCGAUGAAUAACCAUCAGCCUCUAUUAAGUCUUUUCCUACCUAUCUAGACUUGCCAACUUAGGAAAGCUGGCGUUAAUAAGAGCAGACAGACUCAUGAGACCUAGAUCCCAU